AUGGCUCCAUCUAGUUCCUCAAUUCCCUCUUCCGUUCCUUCGUCGCCUUCUGUCUUCACUGCAAAUGGCACAGGCCCACAUAGAGAUGCCGCUCGUGGCCAGCAUGAACCAAUUGCUAUUGUUGGGAUGGGCUGUCGCUUGCCCGGUGACGUGAAUUCGCCUUCCCGUCUCUGGGACUUUCUGAAGGAGGGAAAAUCAGGACAAUGCAAGAUCCCUUCAAGUCGAUUCAACGUUGAUGCUUUCUACCACCCCAAGGGUGUGGAUCGACCAGGAUCUAUGCACACCACGGGUGGUUAUUUCCUCCAGGAGGAUCCUCGCGCCUUCGAUCCGGACUUCUUCGGCAUCAGCCCCAUCGAGGCGACCUACAUGGACCCGCAGCAACGAAAACUGCUGGAAGUCGUGUUCGAGGCGUUCGAGAGCGCGGGGGCCAGUCUGGACGAGGUGUCAGGCUCUAACGUGGGAUGUUACGUCGGCAACUUCACUGUUGACUUUCAGGUGAUGCAGACGAGGGACCCUGAGUACUUGCAUCGGUAUAGUGCGACGGGUAUGGGGACGACGAUUCUUGCGAACCGCAUCAGUCAUACGUUUAACUUGAAGGGGCCGAGUUUCGUUCUCGAUACCGCCUGCUCAUCGUCUCUGUACUGCCUGCAUGUAGCCUGCGCUGCCCUUGAGAAUGGUGAGUGUGACAGUGCCGUUGUGGCGGGUGCGAACCUGAUUCAGUCGCCUGAACAACAUCUCGGGACGAUGAAGGCCGGCGUGCUGUCGGGCACUUCGACCUGUCAUACCUUCUCCGACGAGGCAGAUGGAUAUGGGAGAGCAGAGGGCAUUGGGUGUAUCUACUUGAAACGUCUCUCCGAUGCCAUCAAGGAUAAUGACCCCAUUCGAGCUAUUAUCCGGGGAACUGCAGUCAAUUCAAAUGGUCGGACAUCAGGAAUCACCCUCCCCUCCGCAGAAGGUCAGGAAGCCGUGAUACGCAAAGCGUACGAAAAGGCAGCCCUCGAUUUCUCCCAGACAAUGUACGUCGAAUGCCACGGUACAGGAACGCCCGUAGGCGAUCCCAUUGAGGCCGAAGGAUUAUCGAAAAUAUUCCACGGCCGGACUGGUCAGCCCUUGCUCAUCGGGUCUGUUAAAUCCAAUCUUGGCCACAGCGAAGCAGCAAGUGGUAUCUCUGGCAUCAUCAAAACGGUGCUCGCCCUGGAACAUGAAAGCAUCCCGGCGUCUAUCGGAGUCAACCAGAUCAACCCCAAGAUCAAGUGUGAGGAGUGGAACAUCGACAUCGUGAAGAAGAUGACUCCCUGGCCUUCGACUGGGACCUCUUCAACACGCCGAGCCGGCGUGAACUCCUUCGGCUACGGGGGCGCCAACGCCCAUGCCAUCAUUGAAUCUGCCGGGCCCUAUGCUAUCCCAAUGCAGCAACAGCACCGUCUCAAUGAUAUUGCACGUUCCAAAGUCCUCAUUCCCAUCUCGGCAGGUUCCGAGGCGUCUUUGACCACCCGGGUUGAUCAGCUGCACCAGUAUGUGCUGUCCCAGCAUCCGGACUUGACCAAUCUUCUCUACACCCUGGGUUCACGCCGGUCGCAUUUGCCCUAUCGGGCAUUCCUAGUCUCCGAUACCAGUCUCACAAACGGCCUUGUCAGCGAGAACCUCGUCACCGGCCGUCCCAGCUCUUCAGCCAACGGUCAGUACGCAUUUGUGUUUACCGGCCAAGGGGCACAGUGGCCGCAGAUGGGAAAGCACCUAAUUGAAGAGUAUCCCGAGUUUGCGAACGCCAUUUCCGACAUGGACGGCAUUCUUCAGAGCCUUGAUCAUCCUCCCCAAUGGAAUCUGAAGGAGGCGCUAGUAGCAUCAGCGGAGAGUAGCAAUAUCCAACACGUGAGCCAGUCGCAGCCGGCAUGCACAGCGGUCCAAAUAGCUUUGGUGUGUCUCCUAGACUCCUGGGGCAUUCGGCCUGCGGCGGUUGUUGGCCAUUCAUCCGGUGAAAUUGCGGCGGCCUUUGCAGCCGGUCGCCUGUCGCUGGGAGAAGCCAUCACCGCUGCCUACUAUCGCGGAUACGCGGUCGCACUUGAUACCGGAGAUGGAGCCAUGGCGGCUGUCGGUCUUUCGAAAUCUGAGGCCGAUGCCGCUAUCAAAGAGAUGUCGUUGGGUGGCCAAGCCAACGUCGCCUGUGUGAACUCGCCAGAGAGCGUAACUGUUUCUGGCGACAGGGACGCUGUGCAGCAUUUGGUGGAGACUCUCGCUGGCCGAGGAACAUUUGCACGGACACUGAAGACAGGCGGUCGUGCUUAUCACUCCCACCAUAUGGCACGGAUCGGCCAGAAUUAUGAAGACCUUCUACGAUCUGCAUUGGAGAAGCUGGAACCGUCAGUACAGCUCGAUGCAGGCAAUGUUACCUGGGUUUCAACCGUCACAGGCCAAUUGAGCGAGAGCGCUCCGGACGCGGCAUACUGGCGAUCCAACUUGGAGAGCCCCGUUCUCUUCAGCGAUGGUGUAGAGAAGAUGACAGAGAUUGACAAGUAUCACUUCAUUGAACUGGGCCCUCACUCGGCCCUGGAGAUGCCCAUCAAGCAGAUCAAGAAGAAGCUUGCCUUGUCCGAUGAUCACUUCCCGUAUGCCUCCGCUCUGUCGCGAGGCAAGAAUGAAGUCACCACCAUCCUCAGAAUGGUCGGCCAGUUGUACCUCCGCGGAGAAUCCGUCUGCUGGAGCAAAGUCAACGGCCUCCAGUCGGACUGCUCGGUCUUGCCUGAUCUACCUCCAUACCCGUGGACUUAUGACGCCGCGCUAUGGCACGAAUGUCGGGCCAGCAUCGAGUUCCGUACCCGCAAGUAUCCCAGACACGAGCUUCUGGGAUCGCAGAUCCCCGGCGGAAAUGGCCUGGAAGCACAAUGGCGCAAUGUCAUCCGCGUCGCAGAUAUCCCCUGGCUAGACAGCCACAAGCUGCAAAACACAAUUGUCUUCCCUGGAGCCGGAUAUGUCUCCAUGGCAGUGGAGGGAAUGCGACAGAUUGCAGGGUUUGCCACCUCUAGCCCUGCCAACUACGAGCUGCAGAAUGUGAAUAUCCUGGCUGCCCUGGCCCUAACAGACUCACCCACCGCUGAAGUCGAGCUGUUCACAACCAUCCGGCCAACCCCGAUCACGUCGGCCAGCGACUCGAAAUACUGGUACGACUUCUCCAUUGUCUCAUACGACCAGGGCGAUUCCACGACUCGAGCCACGGGGCGAGUCCGCAUCAACCCCGAGGCAGAGUCUCUUGUACAGAACGUUCAGAUCAACCCUGCCAUGCUAGAGAGCACUCAGCCCAGAGUGUGGUACGAGAAUCUCAUCAAGGUCGGGCUGAACUUCGGACCGGCCUUUCAAUCAAUCCAGCGGUUUGAUGUCUCGCGCAUGCGGACCGAUCUUGUCUGCAAGACUCAAGUCCCCCUGCUGCAAGACUAUGUCUCCGAAGGGUUAGACGUUGAGUACCCCAUCCACCCAAUCACCAUCGAUGCCAUGCUCCAGACGGCCAUCGUGGCGACGACCGGAGGCCGUGUCCGCGAAUUGCGGGCAAAGGUACCCGUCAGCUUUGAUUCCAUCCACAUCCACGCCCCUGAGCCGUCAGACGCGACCACCAAAUCCUGGGCGAUCGAUUCUGUCGCGCGCGUGGUAGGCUUCGGGACCUCUGAGAUCGAUGCCGAACUGAGCACCAGUGACGGGCAAGUCGCAGCCAGGAUCGCCAAUGUCAAGCUCUCGCCGUAUCAGACAGGACAGGGCGCCGACGCGGGCGAACAGCGUCAUCCGAUGCUGCGCGUGUUGUGGAAGCCGGAUGUGUAUGGGCUGGGCUUGAUGCCGGAAGAUCAUUUCCGGAAAUAUUUGAGCAAGUUCUUCAAUGAGUCAACAUCACCUGUUCGGGACGAAGGCCUCCUCAAAAUGGGAGCCACCCUAGACCUGUUGUCCCACAAGAACCCGUCCAUGCGGGUGUUGGAACUCGGCAAUGUGAAUCACCUUAUCACUAACGCCACUCUCGAUCUCUUGCACGGAGGAGAUUCUUUCCCACGAGUUUUGGAAUUCACGUCGGGGUUGAUCAAGGAUGACGGAGUCCUUCACGGUACUAAACUGGAUCUAGGAAAGCGUCUAGAUGGCCCCUUGGAGCAUCACGCGGCCAUCGAUGAUUCGAAGUAUGACUUGAUCAUUCUGCCCGCUAGAGAGCAGACGGAUAUUUAUCUUGCUACUAAGCUCCCCAUCAUCAAGGACCUGCUCGCAGAGGACGGAUCCUUGUUGUGCUUGUCACCUUCUACUGCACGGCUGCAUGCCGCGGAGAAUGGCUUCCAGGCCAUCGAAUGCAUUCUUGAAUACGGGGGAGGUCGUGUAUUCCUCGCUAAGCCAGUCGCCGAUCCGGCGACAUCAGGUGUUCAGCAAUCUCCAGUGUAUGUUAUUGAUCGCAGCACAAGCACCGCAUUAGGAGAGUCUAUCGUCGCGGAGCUACACAAAACCUACGGCCCGGAGAGUUGCAAGCAUGUCUACCUCGAUGAUCUCGUUGACGGGAUGAUCCCCACAGGGGCAACAAUCAUAAGCCUUAUUGAGUCUGAAAACCCGGUCCUCUCGACCAGUACAGAUUCCGAGCUGCGCGGGAUCAAACUAAUGACCGACAAUGCGGAGACACUUCUGUGGGUGACGGCAGGGGACUCGCUGAACGGGGCUCAGCCUGAGUUUGCCCUGGUUUCUGGCCUGGCGCGGGCCGUCAUGAUGGAACAUCCUUCGCUGAAGUUCUACACUUUCGAUGUCGAUAAUCCCACAACAAAGACCCCCGUCACAGCCAAGAACAUACUAUCUGUGCUCCACUCCCGUGAAUUCCCCAGAGACUACGAAUAUAUUCAGAACGACGGACUAGUGCACGUCAGCCGAUUUGUGCCCGACGACCAUCUGAACGUCACAUUCCGGCAGCGCCAGGGCCACGAGAUGGUGCAAACCACCCUGCAGCAGGCUCGGCCGGCGAAGCUGCAGAUACUCGAGCCGGGCAACUUUGACAGCCUGUUUUUCGACCAGAUGCGCCCCUUGCCGGCUACGUUGGAAGACCGCUUCAGUGUUCAGGUCGGGCUACGGACCGUGGGAGUAAAUGCUAAAGAUUUCUACGUGCUCGGUGGCAAGACAGAGACCAAAGAUGCCACCUGCGCCUUGGAGUUCUGCGGUGUUGUUGAGAACGUUGGGGCUGCGGUGACCCGCGUUGCGGUAGGCGAUCGUGUCGUCGUAAUGGCUCCUAAUCAUUUCCGCACCUCGGAGGUCGUGCCGGAGUGGAGUUGUCAGAAACUGGAGGAGAAUGAGUCUUUUGAGUUCAUGUGCACCUUACCAGUAGUAUACGCGACUGCCAUAUACGCUUUGCACGACCGAGCUCGGAUUCAACCGGGCGAGACUGUCCUGAUUCACUCCGCCGCCGGAGGCGUGGGUAUUGCGGCAAUUCAAAUCGCUCAGGAAGCUCAGGCUGAGAUCUUCGCUACCGUCUCCAGUGAAGACAAGAAGAACUACCUCGUGGAAACCCUCGGCCUAUCCGAAGACCACAUCUUCAGCUCGCGCGACACUUCCUUCUAUGAGGGCAUCAUGCGGGCCACACAGAACCGCGGCGUUGAUAUUGUCCUGAACAGCCUGGUUGGCGAUCUCCUGCACGCGAGCUGGAAAUGCUGCGCUUCGUUCGGGCGGUUCAUCGAGAUCGGGAAGCGUGACCUGAUUGACUGCGGAAAGCUGGAGAUGGACGGCUUCCUGCGCAACACGACCUACACGGCUUUCGAUCUCAGUAACAUGUUCUAUAAUCCCAGUGACGCCUACCACAAACGCUGGGCAUCCCUUCUCGAAGAUGUCCUCUCGCGCUACCGCGCCGGCACGAUCGGGCGCGCCAACCCGAUCACUACCUUCGACGUCGCCGAUGCCACCAAGGCCUUCCGCUACUUCUCCUCGCGCAAUCGCAUGGGCAAAGUCGUCAUCACUCUGGAGAACCCCCAGGCACAGGUUGCGCUGCGCCCGCAGAAGCACCGCACCACCUUCAGCGCCAACAAAAGCUACGUGAUGAUCGGCUGCCUAGGAGGUCUGGGCCGGGCAAUGACCAAAUGGAUGAUGGCGCGCGGAGCGCGAGGCUUUGUCUUCCUGGGGCGGUCUGGCACCGACAAGCCCAGUGCGCAGGCCCUUAUCCACGACCUGGAGACACAGGGCGCGGUAUGCGUUGUGGUGCGCGGGGACGUGUGCUCCCGCGCGGAUGUUGACCAAGUCGUUGCGGCCGCACCGGGCCCCAUUGGCGGUGUCGUCCAGGCCGCGAUGGGCCUCCAUGAAGCGCUCUUCACGACCAUGUCAAACGCAGCGUGGCACACGGGAAUCGACCCCAAGGUGCAGGGCACCCUCAACCUUCACCGUGCGCUAGAGGGCCACGACGCGGCGUUGGAGUUCUUCCUCAUGACCAGCUCCAUUUCCGGCAGCGUUGGCACGGCCACAGAAUCCAACUACUGCGCGGGCAACCACUUUCUGGACAUGUUCGCCCGGUAUCGCCGCGCGCUGGGCAAACCGGCGGUAGCUCUGGGGCUAGGUAUGAUCUCCGAGGUGGGCUACUUACAUGAAAACCCAGAGAUUGAGGCACUGUUGCUUCGGAAAGGGAUCCAGGCGAUCAAUGAGGAUGAGAUGAUCCAGGUGAUUGAUAUUGCCCUGUCGGAGACGCAGACGGUGCCGCAUUCGUAUGAUGAGCGGGCGCACGCCCAUGUCCUGACAGGGUUGGAGCCGUUUGGAUUGAAGGAGUUGCGCAAGAAGGGAUUUGAAGGGACGAAUCCGACGCUGAAUGACCCGCGGGCAAUUCUCCUUAGUCGGGCGCUGGAUGGCGAGGGCGAUAUGGCGCUUAAGAAUCAGGCAGGCAAGCUGCCGAUGGAGGUCGCGGCCGCCGUGGAGGAAGGAGCGAGUCUGCGUGCAGCCAUAGGAGACCACGUCGCGCGCAGGUUCAGUAAUCUUGUACUGAUGCCGCUGGCGAAGUUGGAUGCGAGCAAGCCGUUGGCGGCGUAUGGAAUGGAUAGUAUGAUCGCUGCGGAGUUCCGGUCAUGGUUCUUCCAGGCGUUCAAGACGGACAUUCCGUUCCUGGAGUUGUUAAGUAAGACGGUGACAUUGGACAGUUUAAGUGAGAUGGUGUUGGUGGAUGUAGAGGCUGAUGCAUAG